AUGAGCGACGAAAUUACCAUCACCAGUAGCGCGCCGGCCGCGCCUGCCUCCCCGCUGGACAACGAUGAUCUCCUGGAGGAUAUCCUUCUCCGUCUCCCACCGCAGCGGUCCUCUCUCCGGCGCGUCUCCGCAGUUUGCAAGCGCUGGCGAGGCCUCGUCGCCGACCCCAGGUUCCUCCGCCGCCGCUUGGAGCCGCCCCUCCUUGGCGCCCUCGUGUGCAGCGACAAGGAGAUUGUGUUCACCCCCAUCCUAGACCCCACGGAGGGCACCCCUUUGGAGCGUUUUGACCUUGGACACUGCAGCAAGCGCCGUCAUUACCGUGUGCUCGACUGCCGUCACGGCCGUGUCCUCGUCAAAGACAGGCGGCGGACAGAGCUUGUUGUGUGCGAACCCAUUACAGGUGAGCAACACCGCGUGCCGAUUCCGGCAGAAUUCCAGUGGACCCAUGGCCACCUCGACGGGGUGGUGCUUUGUGCCGCCACAGCGCCUGACCGCAUGCACGGUAGCUGCCAGUCCAGCUCAUACAAGGUGGCACUGAUGUCCAUGAUUCCAUGUACAAAACUGACAACAUUCAUUGCAUGCGUUUACUCCUCAGAGACUGAUGACAUACUUCAAUUUGAUUUGGAUAGAGGGACGCUUGCCAUGAUCGAGGGGCCUGGUCUUAAUGAACCCCACAAACAUCGGAUCAUCAAAGCAGAGGAUGGUCAUGUUGGUCUUUUCGUGUUAACUGAAUAUAGCAUUCAAAUGUGGCACAUGAAGGUCAAUUAUCAAGGUGUUACCACUUGGUUGUUGCGCAAUGCUGCAAUUCUUGGGAUCUCUCCUCAGCAAGUAAGAAUAUCACUUGAAUAUAGUUUGUGA